UCAGCCCAGUGCACCAUCUUCAUCAGGCGUUCGGGGUGCCGAGUACACUGAUUUAGUGGCUCGGUUGGAUAGGAUCGAGGCUGACACUCAGGGUCUGUAUGCUGCUCAUGUCGAGCUGAAGAAGGCAUACGAGACCAGCCAUGUAGAGCUGAAGGGUGGUCAGAACGUAAUUAUGGAGCAGCUCAGACACAUAUUGGCCAUGUUGAAUCGUCCGCCAACGACAGCUUCAGCACCGGAGGCCCCAACAGAUCCAUCUACCCCACCACCAGCUGCUUCACCCCCAGUAGAAGAGGAUGAGGUCUUCCCCGAUGAUUACGAUCCUUAUGAGGGAGCUCCAGCAACUCCGAUCGAGGCACAACCUCUAAUCCAUGUACAUGACACCGAGUCGCAGGGUGAGAUUCUGUCCAUAGAGGCACAACCUGCAGUGGUUAAGAGUCGGAAGAGGAAGAGAAAGCCUCCUGUAUGGUUCGGUGACUAUACGGAGAUGAAGAGGAGACAUAGGCCAUCUUCGACUUUUGAUCCCCUGGAGCCACCGGAUGAGAAAUUGUUAACCACUUUCCGAAAGUGGUGUGUUGGACUCAUUCCGAACCACCGACUUCGGGAUUUGAGAAGUGGUGAUUACGGUCCAGGAUUCUUUUGGAUAAUGCUCACACCAAAGGAAUGGCUUACAGAUGACCAUAUAGAUGCAGCAAUGCAUAUGCUGAGGAGGCGACGCACCGACUAUCCACUGACAUUUCCUCAGAAGGGUAUCAUUCUCUCCACAUUUGUGACCGCCAUGAUCAGCAGUGCAUGGACGAGCCACAAGGGUCCGAGGAAAAACUUUAAAUGGGAGGAUUAUAUCCUGGACUACUGCACAGGGGCUCAUAAGUCCCAAGUCUUUGAGAGAUGGAGGGGUAACGAGUUUAUUUACUUCGUUCUGAACCUUCCCACGGCAAGGCACUGGGUCACAGUUGAAGUCGACAUAGAGCUGUGGAAAAUUAAUGUCUACGACUGUGAUUCCAGCGUCUGUCAUUGGACCGCCUUGGAACCCAUCCUGAAGGUUUGGGCGAGAGCUGCGCCCUCGCUAAUCCUUGCAACCGGGGAAUUUCCACAUACCAACCAGAUCAUGGCGUUAGCUAACUGUGACAUCACGGUGCUUCCAAAAAUGCACGCGACUCGAGCCACUCACGACUUAGUUCCGAAGUCAGCAACCUGUGCACAUAGCGAUAAAAAAGUACUAUAG